ACAGGCGACAGACUUUUCCCUCUCAGUCUGACGAAGAGAAGGAGACGACGGAGGUGUCAAGUUUGCAAAUUUAUUCAAUGAUCAUCUAUUUCUCUUCUAUAUUUCCUGAACCAAGGGAAGGAAAAAGUGUAUUUGUUCCAUUUCAACCCAAAGUGAGGGUGAGUGGCGUGGCAGUCUCAGACCCCCAGCCAAGCAGCCUCGCCAUGACCACCAGCUACAGAAAAGAACACACAUUACUGAAAAAUGUUGACACCCUCAGCCUCUACCAAAAUGAGGUACGAGGGUAUCUACACGCGACACACACGAGGACCAAUUGGCUCGUUGGGUUUACUGUCAUCUCCAUCCUUAUUGGUUCAGCUGCCCUCGUCAUCUCAACCUUUCUCUUGCUCCAGAAACUCGACAUAAUCCAGGAAGAAAACGGGAAACUAGAGGCACUGCAGAUGCGUAUUGAACAUUUGGAGAACCUCAUCGAAGCACUGGAACAAGCAAACAAACAAGCAAGCAAAGCAGUCGAGAAAACAGUACCACCACCCCCACUACCACCACCCCCACCACCACCACCACAACAACAAUCACCACCACCACCACCAUCACCACCACCACCACCACCACCACCACCACCACCACCACCACAACCACAACCAAGAGAAAACGAAGAUACCAAACCAACACAAGGCGAAGAAGCAGAAGAUGAACGCUCCUUCAGAAAACCUCCUCCGCCGCCUGGUGACGAUGACGAGUACGACGAAGGGGUGGACGAGGAAGGCUCAGGGGAUGGGUGUCCUCCUAAUCCCCCCAGACCUAUUUGUCCCACAGGGUUUUGUUUGUGUCCGUGAGUCACACCUUAAAGGAACGAUGGUUUAAUUCGUGUCUUUAGUGUAAUCAGUUUUUUUUUCUAUUUUAUUUUAUUUUUGUUGAUAUUCGAGUUUGUCCAAGAGUCAAAACUUAAAAGAAUGAGACUUUAAUUCAUUUUUCUAGUUUGACUCAUUGUAUUCUUUCCUUUACCUUUUGUAUUGCAAGUUUAUACGAGAAUGAAAACGUAGAAGGUCUAUGAUAUAAUUCAUGCCUUUAUUGUAAUCUCUGAA